AUGCUCCAUUCGCUCUGGGAUGCAACGCUCACGUGCGUGAGCCGGUUGUUCUCCUUGGAAGCGCUAGACGCCCGAUUAGCUCCUUCGAAUGACCCCAAAAUAAGACAGAGAAUUACAAUGCAGGCUACUCCAUCUCGCUGGAAAACCGCGGAAUUCAAGUUUUACUAUGCCGUAUUUGCGAUUGCUGUCCCACUCAUGUUCAAGGCAGCGGUAGACGCUACCAAUGCCUGGAAUCCGAAUUACAAGAAGAUAGAGCCUCUCUUGGAUCAAGGAUGGCUAUUUGGGCGCAAGGUUGACAACAGUGAUAGUCAAUAUGGCUUCUUCAGAGGGAACUUCGCCCUAUUGUUUGCAUUGGCAGCGGGGCAUCUCUUAACGAAGCGCGUCGCGCUCAUGUUAUUUCCGAUCCAAAAGCUUACUUUUGACCUAUACUUUGGACUUUUCUUCAUUGUGGUGGCCCAUGGAGUUAACACUUUCAGAGUUCUCAUUCACGUUGUAAUUAUGUUCGCUAUAGCCAGAAUCCUCCGGAAUCAGCGCAAAGCGGCUACAAUACUGUGCUGGGUAUAUGGUAUUGGGACGCUCUUUUUUAACAGCAAGUAUGAUACGUACCCAUUCGGUGAUGUCCUUCCUUUCCUAUCAUUUUUGGAUACUGCGUACAAGGGUCUAAUUAAACGCUGGGAUGUAUUCUACAAUUUCACUCUACUUCGGAUUUUGUCUCACAACUUAGACUACCUAGAAAAAUGGAGCGAUGAACCACAACAAGAAGCUUCUCGCUCUGUGUCGCCGUCGCAAGAAUUCGAUACGUUCAAGGACGGGAAAUGCCCAGAAUUGUUAGAUGAGCGUUCCCGCCUCACUGCACCACAUCCUAUAUCAGACUACAAUAUGGCAAAUUACCUCGCUUACGUCGCGUAUACUCCUCUAUAUAUUGCUGGCCCGAUUCUCACGUUCAAUGACUACCUCUACCAAACCCGUCGGACUUUACCGUCGAUAACUCCAUCAAGGACAUUCUAUUAUGCGCUAAACUUCUUGUGUUGUAUUAUGACCAUGGAGGUUGUUCUACAUUUUAUUUAUGUGGUGGCUGCAGCAAAGGCUAAGGCAUGGGAGGGAGACACGCCAUUCCAGCUAUCCAUGAUUGGGCUCUUUAACUUGAAUAUUAUAUGGCUAAAACUUUUGAUUCCUUGGAGAUUCUUCAGGCUUUGGGCACUAAUAGACGGUAUAGACCCACCAGAGAACAUGAUACGUUGUGUCGACAAUAACUAUAGCACAUUGGCAUUCUGGAGGGCCUGGCAUAGGUCGUACAAUAAGUGGGUUGUCAGAUACAUCUAUGUCCCACUAGGGGGUUCUACUAAUAGGAUAUUGACGUCUUUGGCGGUUUUCUCUUUUGUUGCUAUUUGGCACGAUAUCGAGCUUAAAUUAUUGGUAUGGGGCUGGCUAAUUGUCCUAUUUCUUCUACCUGAAAUAGUUGCCUCGAGCGUACUCAGCGCCUACUCUAACAGAGUAUGGUUUAGGUUUCUUUGCAGCGUGGGUGCAAUCGUCAACAUAUGGAUGAUGAUGAUUGCCAAUCUAGUUGGCUUCUGUUUGGGCACAGAUGGGACAAUUACAUUAUUAAAAGAUAUGUUUAGUACGGUGAAGGGUAUCUCAUUCUUCAUUGUUGCUAAUGGUGCGUUAUUUGUUGGAACGCAGACUAUGUUUGAGCAGAGGGAGCAUGAGAAGAGGCAAGGCAUUUACGUAAAAUGUUAA